UUGUACCAAGCGCCGCGGCCAUGCUGUCCUAAAAAAUACCUCAAAUUUUAAAACAAACUUUGGAGAAUGGAAAAACCAGGUGAUGCUGACAUCAGAAGUAACCAAUGGCAGAGGCUGCUCAGGUGGCAUCGGGGCCAGAAAACGACCGAGGAAGAAAAAGAUGUGACAGAUGGAGAGAAGCGUAAAUCCUUCCAGCACCUGAAGCUGAAGUUUAACUGGAAGGAGUGGGCCAUUGAUCCAGCAGAACGGUUUUAUUAUGUGUGGCUGCAGGUCAUGAUAUUUCCAAUAGUUUACAACUCAGUGAUCAUCAUUCUGAGGACAUGCUUCACUACAAUUGCACUGAGCUACCUCCCUGUGUGGCUUACACUGGACUACCUGUCAGACCUCAUGUAUAUCAUUGAUAUGAUCAUCACUCUUCACACUGGUUACCUGGAACAGGGCAUCCUUAUCACAGACCUGACUCGGUUGAAAGACCGCUACCUGCACUCCAAGCGUUUCCUGUGGGACCUGGCUUCCCUGCUGCCCACCGACUUCCUCUACUUCGCCUUAGGCAUCGAAACCCCCCUGGUGAGGAUAAAUCGCCUCCUGCGUAUGCCGCGACUCAACGAGGCCCUGGAUCGCAUGGAGACGAGAACCUCCUACCCCAACACCUUCCGCAUCUCCAAGCUCAUGAUCUACAUCUUCGUGCUGAUCCACUGGAACGCCUGCCUCUACUUUGCCCUCUCCAGCUACAUCGGCUUUGGGAGUGAUAAUUGGGUUUACCCCAACAUCUCUCACCCGCAGUUUGCCUCCAUGCGGCGUCAGUACAUUUACUGCUUCUGGUUCUCUGCCCAGAUCUUCACGACAGUGGGAGACACCCCACUGCCAAACAGGGAAGAAGAGUACUUGUUCAUGAUUGCAGACCUGCUCAUUGCCGUGCUGGUGUUUGCAUCAAUUGUUGGCAAUGUUGGUAACGUCAUCACAAGCCUACGUGACCGUGAUAAUGUUUUCUUCCCUAACCAUGAACUGGUAAAGGCAUACCUGCGUAGCCACCACAUCAGCAAAGAGCUUCGACAGCGCAUCGACAACUGGUACCAGCAUCUUCACAUCAACAAGAAGAUCAUGCGAGAGAACGAAAUCCUAGAGCAGCUGCCUGUGCACAUGAGGACGGAGAUUGCUGUCAGCGUUCACCUCUCCACGCUGUCCAAAGUCACCAUCUUCCAGAGCUGUGAGAAAAGUCUGCUGGCUGAGCUGGUUCUUAAACUUACACCUCAGGUGUUCAGUCCGGGUGAGUACGUCUGCAGGAAAGGAGACGUGGGUCAUGAAAUGUACAUCAUCAGAGAGGGAAAACUGGCAGUGGUGGCAGAUGAUGGGGUCACAGAAUUUGCCGUCCUGAGUGAUGGGACUUUCUUUGGGGAAAUUAGUAUCCUGAACAUCAAAGGUAACAAGUCUGGAAAUCGUCGCACUGCAAACAUCCGAAGCAUUGGCUACUCUGACCUGUUCAGCUUGUCCAAAGAAGACCUGACAGAUGUGCUCUCCGAGUUCCCUGCAGCCAAACGUCACCUGGAGGAGAAGGGCCGACAGAUCCUCACUAAAAUGGGGAUGCUGGAGGAGAGCGGGGAGGCGGAGGAGAAGGAGGCAGAGAAAGUUGAAACCAAGAUAAAAAGGCUGGAGGGGGACCUGGAGACCCUGCAAACAAAGCUGGCUCGGCUCAUGGUGGAAUUGGAGUCGAGCAACUGCAAGAUGCAGGCCAGGGUGGAACAGCUGGAGCUGGAGGUGGCAGCGCUGGAGGAUCAGCUGCCAGAAGACGACGGGGAAGGAGAAGGAGAAAGAGCAGGGGGAAGAGGGGAAGGUGUGGGAGGGGAGGUUGGGUGGGAGCGGGAAGAGGCAGAGGGAGAAGAAGAGGACGGUUCGUGCACAAAAGCAAAAAAACAGGGACACGAAGAAGACGGUAAUGAUGUGACCAAAGAGGGAGAUGGUGAGAGCACUAAAAGCACAAAGGGGGAUAUUGAAAGGAUGGUGGAGGGAGAUAAAUCUGGGCUGAAGGACCCGGAUAAUCGGGAAAAGAAAAUAGAAGAGGAUGGAGAGAAAAUCAGAGAGAAGGGAGACGACAGGCCGGGGAAAGGAGACGGAGCUGAGAUUGAAUCUGAAAAUGGGAAAGAAGAGAAAAGUGAAGAGGGGAGAGAAAAGUCUGAGAAAGACUCAGAUAAAAAUGGGAUGGGAGAGAAAGAUAAAAGUCAGAAAAAAUGAAUGAAAAAAGUUAUGUGCAUGUUUGUCUGUGGGCAUGUGAAUGAUUUAUAUCAGUAAUACUGUGAACUUGGUAUUAUACUUAAAAUCGAUUAACAUCACUUAACAUCUUCUGCAUUACAAGUGUGUACCUAAAGAUGGCAGCAUUGCAUCCCUUACAUACAUAAACCUGCUAUCGAUAGCUAAAGGUGUGAAACUACAGAAUGCAACUGAUGAUGUUAUUUAUUUAAUUACAUGUUGUUUUUUUGAUUUGAUAAAAGUCAUCACAGACAUUCGCUGGGUUCAAAGUUGAAGAACAGAUGCUUUUCAAAUUUAUUUAAUUUACAAAUGUCACAUGAGGUUUUGUCGGUUUUUGUUUCAUUCUGAAACUUUCAGUAUUUUAGCUUUUCUCUUCACAGACUUGUCAGGAUGAACAAAGAAUAUGUAUAAUGUUUUGACAACAGAAACCAAUAUGUAACAUGCUUUAUUGAUA